AUGGCGCAGUUCCAGGGUCGACGGAUAUUGACGCUCAUCGCCUUGGCCGUGCUGGGGCUGUUGCUCUAUUCGACGCUGUCGAGUCACCCGAGAACAUCCGCCUACGUCGCCCAGAGAUGGGGUCAAUCCACCGAAUCCUCCACCUCACCUUCCUCGAACGACCCCAACCUCAAGGAUCAAUUCACGACGCCGCACAUCGUGUCGACGUUCAUGCACGACCCCACCAACUCGCUCGCGUUCCGCAACCACCUCGAGUUGACCACCUCCCCCGAGACGCAGAUCAAGCAUUCCCCGACCAUGACCUUUGACCACAUCUACGUUCUGAGUUUACCGAAUCGUUCAGAUCGCAGGGAACAGAUGCUCGAAUUGGCGAAAGCGCAUGGGUUGAAGAUCGUCUUCGUCGAUGCCGUGUCCAAGGAUUUGGUCUUUAUCAAAUGGAUCGCCGAGAGGGCUUCCGAAAUUCGCAAGGAGCGGCUCAAGUUGAUCGUGAGUCGAACGUACAGACGACCAAACAAAGGCGACUGAACUAACCUCUGGGGACUCUCACCCGUGUUCUCUCCCCAGGCCGCGGCCAAGGACGUCGACAUUGAUUCGAUCGGUGGCUUGCACGUCGGCAACGACUGGUUGACCCCGACGCCCUCGGGCACGUCCGAGGACGAAUUCCCUUCCCUGGCGGGUACGGACCCGCGUUGGCUCCCUGACGACGACUGGGUCCAAUACCUCGAACGCCACGACCGCGAAGGCAAACUCAACAAGCUCGUUCCCAAACAACGUAACCUCAACGUCACCGAGAUCCUCUGGGACCAGAACGAAAAGAUCGACGGCCGCCAGGUCAACGAGGGGGUCAUUUCGACAUUUUGGGGCCAUACGAGGGCGAUGCAGUUGAUGAUCAAAAAUGGCGACGAGUCGGCUCUGUUCUUGGAGGACGACGUCGAUUUCGAGUGGGAUCUCGAGAGGAUCUGGGCGCGCAUCGAAAAGAGCUUGCCCAACACGUGGGAUUCGACCUUUUUGGGCCACUGUUGGGGAAGGGAGUUGUUACGUGAGUUGCAUAGAGUGCCAUCGUACUGGCGGUUCCUUUGGCUCUUGUCGGCCAGUGCUGACCCCCUUCUUCUUCCCUCUGUCUGCGCGCAGGCCCGGCGUACCGUCACCCCUUGCUGCACCCUUCGGUGCAACCCCUGUGCCUCCACGGCUACGCCCUCUCGCGCCAGGGCGUCAAACGCGUCCUUUCGUUGCUCAACAACCCGUGGACGGCCUACCAAACCGCCGUCGACACGGCCGUCCCUUCCUUUAUCUUUUUCCGCCUCUUGACCUCCUUCUCCGUCGAACCCCCGAUCAUUACGCAACGCAAGGACGGGCCGUCGGAUAUCCAGGAAGGCGUCGGCAGCGUAUGGAAGGGUUUGUUGAUGGAUUCGACGGUCGAGAGGAUCGCCAGGAGUAAAGGCGAGGAAUGGCCCGAGGAGGUCUACGACGAGGAUAACCUCGACCCUGCCACGGUCUAUCGAUAUGGCAAGAAAUGUAUCGGCGUAGGCGGAUAG